GAAAGGGUAAGGGUUGAACAAAAACCGGUCGGUCUGGUUCAAUGGUUGGUCGCUUGUAGUUGGUGGGAGUGGUCUUAUAAGUCACGAAGCAAAUGAAGUGUUUGUAUUGAGUGUCACGGGUGUAUAGACCUGUACUUGGGGAAAAUCCUCCGUGAUCCAGUCUGGAUGGUACUCCUGCACCUGUUGUAAGCGUUCUGUGGGAUUACAACGAUGAAGCUAGGAUUGAAUCUGAUCAAGAAACCUAGGGAGAAGAGAGAGCGGUCUAGAUCGCCAGCGCACGCACGGGGACCGCGCUCGGGGAGUGGCACCACCAUGGCCGAAGAGAAGGAGACCCAGCCGCGUGGGUUUGCCCGCAAAGGUGCCCUGAGACAGAAGAACGUCCACGAAGUCAAGGAUCAUAAGUUUAUCGCCAGGUUCUUCAAGCAGCCGACGUUCUGUAGCCACUGCAAGGAUUUCAUCUGGGGUUUCGGCAAACAAGGCUUCCAGUGUCAAGUAUGCAGCUUUGUUGUGCACAAGCGAUGCCACGAAUACGUGACUUUCCAGUGCCCGGGAGCGGAUACCGGACCAGAUUCAGACGACCCUCGCAGCAAGCACAAGUUCAAAGUUCACACCUACGGUAGUCCCACCUUCUGUGACCACUGUGGGUCUCUCCUGUAUGGACUCAUCCACCAGGGAAUGAAAUGUGACUCAUGUGAUAUGAACGUGCAUGUCCGGUGCCAGCACAUGGUCCCGAACCUUUGCGGCUCCGACUUCACUGAGAGGAGAGGGCGAAUCCAGCUCAAGUGCAAAGUCAAAGAUGAGAAGUUGACAGUAGAAGUCCAGGAAGCCAAGAACCUGAUUCCGAUGGACCCCAACGGCCUGUCAGACCCGUACGUCAAACUGAAACUCAUCCCAGACCCCAAGAACGAGAGCAAGAAGAAGACAAAGACUCUCAAGGCAACGCUAAAUCCACAGUGGUUUGAAAAAUUUGACUUCAAACUUAAAGAUGAGUACAAGGACAGACGAUUGUCCAUCGAGGUGUGGGACUGGGACCGCACUUCCAGGAAUGACUUCAUGGGGGCGCUGUCCUUCGGUGUGCAAGAGCUGAUCAAGAUGCCAGCCGAGGGCUGGUUUAAACUGUUGAACCAGGAGGAGGGGGAGUAUUACAAUGUGCCCAUUGCUGACGAGGAGGAAAAUGUUGCUAAGCUUAAGGAACAACUGCAGAAGCAAAAGUUGGAUGAGCAGCAAAAGCAGAAAUCCAAACGCUCUGAAGAAGUUAAUAUCGGCAGCCUUGAGCACAUGAAAGCCUCUGAUUUCAACUUUCUCAUGGUGUUGGGAAAAGGCAGCUUUGGCAAGGUGAUGCUCGCGGAGAGGAAGGGCGUUGAGGAAUUGUACGCCAUCAAGAUCCUGAAGAAGGACGUGAUUGUCCAGGACGACGAUGUGGAAUGUACCAUGGUGGAGAAGCGGGUCCUCGCCUUGAGAGACAAACCUCCAUUCCUGGUGCAGCUGCACUCCUGCUUCCAAACAAUGGAUCGGCUGUACUUUGUGAUGGAGUUUGUGAACGGAGGAGAUCUGAUGUACCAGAUCCAGCAGUGUGGGAAGUUCAAAGAGCCGCACGCUGUGUUUUAUGCAGCAGAGAUUGCUAUUGGCCUGUUCUACCUGCACAGCAAGGGGACCAUUUAUAGAGAUCUCAAGUUGGACAAUGUCAUGCUGGAUUCUGACGGUCACAUCAAGAUCGCAGAUUUCGGCAUGUGUAAAGAGAACAUGGCGGAGGGAGCCAAGACAAGAACCUUCUGUGGAACACCUGAUUACAUUGCCCCUGAGAUUGUAGCUUACCAACCCUAUGACAAGAUGGUGGACUGGUGGGCCUUUGGAGUUCUCCUGUAUGAAAUGCUGGCUGGGCAGCCCCCAUUUGAUGGUGAAGAUGAAGAUGAGUUGUUCCAAUCCAUCCUGGAGCAUAAUGUGUCCUACCCCAAGUCCAUGUCCAAGGAAGCCGUGUCCAUCUGUAAGGGUUUCAUGACCAAGCACCCCACCAAGCGACUAGGGUUUGGUGCGGAGGGAGAGCGAGACAUUAAGGAACACGUCUUCUUCCGCCGCAUCGACUGGGACAGACUAGCUGUCCGAGAGAUCCAACCACCAUUCAAACCAAAAAUUAAAAACAGUAGAGAUGCCAGCAACUUCGAUAAGGAAUUCACGCAGGAGCCGACCACCCUAACCCCUACGGACAAGCUGCUCAUUAUGAACCUGGACCAAUCAGAAUUCGACGGUUUCUCCUACACAAACCCAGACUUUACCCAGCAUUAGUAGUCGUAGCGAGCCAAACGUACGUCUUGGAGCGUUCGCGAUAGUCCGAGAGUUAAGUAAAAUGUGUUUGUAAAGCUUUGUGUGUUAUCAAACAAAAAAAAAGUGUUGAGUAUAUUGUGAGCAUGUCUGCAGACCCUCACGUCAGUGCUUAUUCCGAUGUGUUGUGAAGUAAAACUGAAUGUAGCUGGAAUAAAAUUUACAGGUGGCAUUAACAUUAAACAACACGAAGAAGGUGAUGGGUUCGGAAAAUUAAAUAUGCACUAUUGGUGACGUGGAAUUAAAAAUGUACAGAGUAGAAAUUAGCAUUCCAUUAUAUAAUAAAACGGGCAAAUCAUUUGUAUUAACAUUGACUUAUGAUUGAUUUGCAAUGACUGCUAGUUGUAAAAUUUUUUUGUGAACAAAUAUUUGUUUCUUUCCUGCAGAAGUUGCAAAUGAUGAAUUAUGUGCAAUAUAUGGCUAAGCAUGUAUAACAUGUUGUGAUGAACUAGCAACUUUGAAGGACAUAUCCUGUAACACAAUUCUUAAGUUUUGGGAGAAUUAGAAAUGGGACUGUUAAACCCUUUACUGUAAAUUCCUGAUCAAAGUACGCACUUCUAAAGUUUUCAAAAUCCCAAGAGCAUGUCAGGGUGCAUACUUUAUUUGAGGUUAUUGCCUGAACGAAUCAGAAGAUGAUCCAGGAACAUGGCAGAACAUUGGCACAGGGAACUUGGAAUGGUACCGUUUAUAAGAUUCAGGGUUCUCCCAAUGGAACAACAAUGCUGCGCUGCUAUAUUUGCUAUAAUCAUAGCACCACUAUAUUCUUUUCAAAGUUUAGGGUGCUAAUCUUUCCAAUUUUCCCCAAUAAAUUUUGCUCAAAAACAUCAAACUUUGUUGGGCUUGCAGAGGUGCGCAUCAAUUUUUUUGGCCUUCAUACAUUGUACUUUAAUCAGGAAUUUACAGUAACUUGUCUCUGAUUGUGUAAAAAUUCUAAUCCCAUUGACAUGUAUUGCUUAUAUUUUAUUUCUUGACGCCACUUCAAUGUAUAUCUAGGUGGGAGAGAAGUCAAUGUCAGUAACAAUUUGGUCACGAACUUUCUUUCAUUGCUGUGUGUCUUUUGGGGUACUUGGUCAUAAGGGAAUUUAACACACAAAAAAUAGAUUGAUAGUAAUGCAAAAUAUGGGUGGGAGAUGUUGUAUAAGCUGUUUCACAGUUUGGACUGCACAUGCCAAAGGUCAAAGAUGAAGGCCUCUUACUUGUAAACCAUUCUUCUCUAGACUAUGCUUGAUACACGUUUUGUUUAUGUCUCAGAAGCCUUCUACUUUGACAUAUCAACCACAAAGCACCAUAUUAUGCAUGUGCAGUUUAAACAGUGAGGCAACUUAUUGCCAGAUAUCUGUGCAAUGCAGGUAAUGGGACAUGUGCAAUCUAGCACACCUAGAAGUUCUUAAAUGUGUUCAGUAAGUGUAGAAUGCACUUUUGGCUAUUUUAGGUAAAAUACUGGCUCGUUUAGG